AGUUUGCUGACGGCUGUUUCUCCCUCCUGUGUAACACUAUCAUCAGCCAGUGAACUUUUGUGAUAGAGUGUGUAGGCAGACAGGCAGGGACAAGAGGCCUUGCUGUGAGAAAUAUCUCUCUGCACCCCAACUGCUUAUAUAGCACUUUGUUUGCGUAAUACGCUCUACAGAUUAACUGCUUAUGUAACACUGUGAACAGACAGACACAAAGUUGCUAAAACAUCGCAACAAAAGUUCCUUCAGAGACAAGAUGUCUGUAUCUGUUGCGUUGAAGAACGUCUGUCAGGAAACUGGUGAGGCACCGCACUGGGAGGAAAGUACCAAGACUUUGUUGUUUGUUGAUGUACAAAUUGGAGGGAUACACAAGUGGAACACGGUGGACAACGCACAUACAAAGUGUAAUGCUGAUGGAACAGUCAGCUUCAUCAUUCCUCGGGAAUCUGGUGGUUAUGUUGUAAGUUGUGGCACAAAACUUGCUGAUUUUGACUGGGAGAGUCAACAGGUGAAGCCAUUCGUUGAUGUGGAACCGGACAAACCAGAGAAUAGAUUCAACGAUGGUAAAUGUGACAGCCAUGGCAGACUGUGGGCAGGUACAAUGGAAGAAUUCAAGGGUACACUCGAGAUGAAUGGAGCUGGGCAUUUGUACCGAAUUGAUAAAGACCGAUUUGUGCAUCCCAUCAAAGAUAAGGUCAAUAUCUCCAAUGGCAUGACGUGGACAAUGGAUAACAGAACAAUGUUCUACACGGAAUCUGUUCCGAAAAAAGUGUAUUCUUAUAACUACGAUAUUCAUGCAGGACAAAUCUCCAGAGAACAAGUGGUUAUCGAUUUUGAAGGCAAAGAACUCCACGAAUUUGGGGUACCAGAUGGAAUGACAAUUGAUGUGAAUGACAAGAUAUGGUUGGCUUGCCAAUUCAGUAGCCACGUAUUCCAGAUUGACCCAGAAACAGGUAAAAUUAUAAGAUCAGUCAAGUUUCCUGCAAGUCAAGUCACAUCCUGCUGUUUUGGGGGUCCAAACUAUGAUGAACUCUACGUGACAUCGAGUGCCAAUUAUUUAACGGAGCAACAGUUGCAGAAUGAAGAGAAAUUUGCUGGAAGUGUCUUCAAGGUUACCGAGUUGGGGGCUAAAGGUAUAGCAGCCUCUGUCUUCUGGGGAUAGUAUACAACACUAUCCAAGUAUAUAUGGUAAUCUAAAAAUCUACAGAUGCAGUAAACAUGUUUUACCAUAGCUACAACUGUAGCCAUAUUGUCAAAAUAAAUAAGAAUUCCUUUUAAAAAUACAGAAAAUGUUUUUCUUAAUAAGAUAAAUGAAGUCAGUAUAUGCCAUAAUCUUUACUACAAAUAUAUACACCAUGAUGAUGAUGAUGAUGCUCAAUAUUCACUAUAAUUUAUAUACUACACACACACACAUGCAUAUAUACAUACAUAUACAUAUAAAAGGUUGUUUAGGUGAGUAAAGAACUGCGUAUGUGUAGACAUGGUGUAUGACAAAGAAGUUUUCUUCCCAGCUACAUGAAGUCCGCAGUAUAUGUAUGCGUGUGUAUGAGUGCAUGUUUGUUGGGGGGUGUAUACAUCCCGGGGUCUGGGAAGCCAGCAGGCUGCACCAGACUCCAGUCUG